UUUUUAGAAACAUUUCAGCGGUUGACGAAAACGGAUCUUAAAGCGGAAACUGAAUAAAAAAGAAAAAUAAAAAAACGGAAAAAUUAAAUUAAAAGUAUUAGAAGUUUUUCUUAAAAAGUGCUCCAAUAUGAUGCGUUUAUUGCAAUCACGGGCAACAUUACCCACUGCUAAGGAUAAUGUUGCCAAAAUGUUUUUCAGAUCACGUCAUCAAGGCAAAGUAAUUGCCAUACGUCGUGAAGAUCAAUCGGUAUGGGAGCGUAGAGCUGCUUUUGGACCCUCACAUGUGCAAAAAAUGGUUAAACAGGGUGUUAAGGUUAUAGUGCAACCCUCUAAUCGUCGUGCCUAUCCCAUGCAGGCUUAUAUGCAAGCAGGUGCCAUUAUCCAAGAAGAUAUUAGCGAAGCUUCCGUUAUCUUUGGUGUUAAACAAGUACCCAUCGAUGCUCUCAUACCGGGAAAAACUUAUUGUUUCUUCUCCCACACCAUUAAGGCUCAGGAGUCCAAUAUGUCCUUAUUGGAUGCUAUAUUGGAGAAAAAGAUCCGUUUGAUAGAUUAUGAACGUAUCAUUGAUGAGAGAGGUUCUCGUCAGGUAGCAUUUGGUAAAUAUGCCGGUGUUGCUGGUAUGGUUAAUAUUUUGCAUGGUAUUGGCUUGCGUUUAUUGGCUUUGGGUCAUCACACACCUUUCAUGCACAUUGGUCCUGCCCAUAAUUAUCGCAAUUCCUCGAUGGCUAGACAAGCUAUUCGUGAUUGUGGUUAUGAGAUUUCUUUGGGUAUGAUGCCUAAAUCCAUUGGUCCCUUGACUUUUGUAUUCACUGGUUCUGGUAAUGUGUCUCAAGGAGCCCAAGAAGUUUUCCAAGAAUUACCCAUUGAAUACGUGCCACCAGAGAUGUUGAGAAAGGUGGCCGAACAUGGCAGUCAAAACAAAUUGUACGGCUGUGAGGUCAGCCGUUCUGAUCAUUUGGAACGCCGCGAAGGUGGCGGAUUCGAUGCUAAGGAAUAUGAUGAAUACCCCGAACGCUACAUUUCCACAUUCAGCCAAAAGAUUGCUCCUUAUGCCUCCGUUAUUGUUAAUGGUAUUUACUGGGCUGUAGGCAGUCCCAAACUCAUUAGUAUUCCUGAUGCUAAAAACCUAUUGAGACCCGCCAACACACCUUGGUUACCCACUAGCAAAGGUAGUCCUGCCUUACCACACCGCAUGGUGGCCAUCUGUGAUAUUUCGGCCGAUCCUGGCGGUUCUAUUGAAUUCAUGAACGAAUGUACUACCAUUGAUACCCCCUUCUGUCUAUAUGAUGCCGACCGCAACAAGGACACUAAGAGUUUCAAGGGUCCUGGUGUUUUGGUAUGCUCUAUUGAUAAUAUGCCAACUCAAUUGCCAAGAGAAGCUACCGAUAUGUUUGGUGAACUAUUGACACCAUUUGUAAAUGACAUUAUUAAGAGUGAUGCUAGAAAACCAUUGGAAGAUGAGAACUUCUCUUAUCCAAUUAAAUCGGCCAUUAUUGCAAGCAAUGGUAAACUGACUGAAAACUACGAAUACAUUCAAGAAUUGCGUGAAUCUAACAACAAUCGUUCACGUCAUAAGAUCGAAGGACGUUCAGAGGCUGAUAAGAAAGUAUUAGUAUUGGGUGCUGGUAUGGUAUCAGCCCCCUUGGUAGAAUGGUUGCACCGUGAAAAAGAUGUUUCCAUUACCGUGUGCUCACAAAUCAAGGAUGAAGCCGAUCGUUUGGCUAAUCAGUAUGCUGGUGUCGACAGUGUCUAUUUGGAUGUCAACGAAAGCACCGAUCAUUUGCAAGAAUUGUGUGGCAAAGCUGAUGUAGUAGUUUCCCUUUUGCCCUACAGUUUGCAUGGUAUGGUAGCUAAAUACUGUGUAGCUGAAAAGACCCAUAUGGUCACUGCCAGUUAUUUAAAUGAUGAAAUUAGUGCUUUGCACGAAGAGGCUCGCCGUAAUGGUGUUACUAUUAUGAACGAAGUUGGUUUGGAUCCUGGUAUUGAUCACUUGUUGGCCUUAGAAUGCAUUCAUGAAGCUCAAGAAAAGGGUGGUGUUAUUGAAUCAUUUGUUAGUUUCUGUGGUGGUCUUCCAGCUCCUGAACAUUCCGACAAUGCCUUAAGAUACAAAUUCUCUUGGUCACCUCGUGGUGUCCUCUUGAAUACACUCUCAGCCGCUAAGUACUUAAGUAAGGGACAAAUUGUCGAAAUCUCUGGUGGUGGUGAUCUCAUGUCAAAUCCUAAGAGUUUGGACUUCUUGCCUGGCUCAUCUCCAAUCUGCACACUAAUACCUCAUCUUGAUAAGAGACAGAGAGAGAGAGUGUGUUAUAAUCUCUGCUGUGUGAUAAUCUCUUAA